AUGGGUUCGCGUGAUGAUGAGUACGACUACUUGUUCAAAGUUGUCCUGAUUGGAGAUUCUGGCGUCGGAAAGUCCAAUUUGCUUUCUCGUUUCACAAGAAAUGAGUUCAAUUUGGAGUCGAAGUCAACUAUUGGUGUUGAGUUUGCAACCCGAAGUAUCCAGGUUGAGGGUAAAACUGUUAAAGCUCAGAUUUGGGAUACUGCUGGACAAGAACGAUACAGAGCCAUCACAUCUGCUUAUUAUCGCGGUGCUGUGGGAGCUCUUCUUGUUUAUGAUAUCGCAAAGCACGUGACCUACGAGAACGUUGAGCGUUGGCUCAAGGAACUCAGAGAUCAUGCUGAUCAAAAUAUUGUAAUCAUGCUAGUUGGAAACAAAAGUGAUUUAAGACACCUGCGCGCAGUACCUACUGAUGAGGCCAAGAUUUAUGCUGAGAAAAACCAGCUAUCAUUCAUUGAGACUUCUGCAUUGGAUAGUACAAAUGUUGAAACUGCAUUCACUAACAUCUUAACCGAGAUUUACAAAAGUGUGUCCAACAAGCACGUUGGUUCGGACCGUAUGCUUCAGCUACCUAAUUCUGGUAUCGACAUCACUGCUCCUUCCAACGAUUCACAGAAGAAACAGUGUUGUAAUUCUUAA